AUGUCUUUGCGUCUACCCAACGAAUGUGUCCAAAAUAUUUUAGGACACUUAAGCGAGAGUGAUCAUAAAACUUUACUUUCACUUGCGUUGGUAAAUAGAAAUUUUUGUCAAAACGCAAUCCCACUUUUAUGGAAAAAUCCUUUGCAUUCAAGACGAUCUUCAAAAAAACACUACAAAAUAAUCCCACUGUUACUAUCGUUAUUGGAUGAAGAUCGGAAAUCGCUAUUAAAAUUUACCGAAAGAAAACUCAUUAUUCCUAAUACAACGAUAUUUUAUUACAUAGCCUUUAUUAAAAAACUCGAUUUUAUGAAUCUUUUAGUACAAGUUUUUUAUUGGUACAAAAAGAAUUGUAAAACGGGGAAGACCGAAAAAAAAAACAAAUUUAGGAAAUUCCUACAAAAUAGUAAUGGAUGGAUCCGAUCUUGCAUUAGAAGUUCAUAUAGGAAGGUGACAUUACUUGAAAAACAGGAAAUAUUAAUAUUUUCCGAAUCCAUUUUCGAUUCAUUGUUCAAACAUCACAAAUUUACGGAAUUUCAGAUAUAUCCAUCUCACCCAUCUACAUAUCUUCCACAUUUUCCUCCGAUAAAAAUUAAAAAUGGGUAUUUUGUUAGUCCCCAUACCCAUAGAACCCACAAUAAUCCUAUCCCAUUUAAUAAAUUCAACGCAUUUAACUUGCUGGUAAAGUAUGCGUCAGGCCUCGGAUGUUAUUAUAUUGACACUUACUCAAAAUAUAGGGGCAAGGAGCCUCUGUUGGGAAAUUCUAUUAGGUAUUGGGUUGGAAAUCAAUAUGAUUUGAUAUUUGAGGGCGGUAAUUUUGAAUCAGGAAACAAGGACAUUUUAAAG